AUGAGGAGUGCGAUCCUGAGCGUUCUGCUCUUAGCGCCGCACGUCAGGCUGUCGUCGGCGGGAAGCUGCGACCGCCAGCUGCUGCCGGAGCUUUCCUUCAACCUCGCCGGUCAAAACCUCGACUGGCCGUGCUCGAUCUCCAGAAGCAUCUACGAAUCCUCCGGUCGCUACAUCCCGCGAAACGUAAUCGCCACUCGGAUGCAGAUCUACCGGGACGAAGCGAUCGUCGCGAUGCCGCGUUACAAGUCCGGCGUGCCGUUCACCCUCGGAGUGACCUCGCUGAGAAGCCGAAGCUGCACGCCGCAAAUCAGUCCGUUUCCCAACUGGCCGAUCCAAGAGGAAGGCAACUGCGAAGCCCUGCAAAGCGCCGUCGACGUCGUGCUCGACGUGCAGGACGUCCUCUGGGUGUUGGACGUCGGCAUCGUCAAUACGCUGGAGCAGCCAGUCAGGAGAUGUCCGCCGAAGGUCGUCGGUAUCAACGUGAAGACGGGCAAAGUGGUGAAAGUCGUCGAUCUCGGCAACCUCGUCAGCGCGAACUCGAGGCUGCAAUACUUGGUGGUCGACUACGCCAACGACGGCCAAGUGUUUCUGUACGUGUCGGACGCUGCGACGAGAGCCAUCAUCGUGUACAACGUGACGACCGACAACGGCUAUCGCGUGGUACUGCCGAAGGCCGUCACUUUGGGUAGCUCUAGAAAAGACGUUCUGUACCUGGCGCUCGUGAGAAGGAGCUGCGGCACCCCGAUACUCUACUUCACCUACCUCGGGGCAAGUCGACUUUACGCGAUCAGAGCCGAGAAUUUGCGGGAAGGCAAGACCAGCGGCACGGUCAUCGAUGUCGGACAGAAGCAUCACAAGAUCGUGAUUUUGGGCACGGACAACGGAUCCGCCGUGUUCUUCCGCAACAAAGGACAAUCCGACGUGUACAUGUGGAACACCGGCACCGCCUUCCGCCCUGACAACUUCCUGCUGGUACAGAAGGGCAACGAGUGCCGACUGCCGACUCAGGUCGUGCCGGGAUACAAGCGCCUCGUCUGGGUCAUCGAGAGCAAUUUCCACGACUACAUACGGAACACCGUCAGCUGCUCCGGCGCCUCGGUCUCGCUGCAUCCUCUCGUCAAGUCCUGCGAGGACUAGGCUUUUCUUCUCUUCGCGCGAAUCAAUCGAAGUUACAUUUUUUUAAUAUUUUUUUCAAUGCCAGCGCAGCGACGAUCACGGAUCGCAAGCUCGAACGACGAAGAGAG